CAAAGCGCCUCCUCCCUCCUCCGGAGGGCAAUGUUGCGAGCCGCAGGAGGGUGUGGCAGCCCAGGAUCGCAGCUGGUUAGGCUAGCUGCCUCUACCUUACUCUACACUACUCUAGCUUUGCCGAGCAACAUCCCACUCGUGCCGCAAAGUGCACCCCGCAAACAUGGCGGGACGCUUGACGCUGGAUGGCUGGAUGGGGGAGGGUGGCUGGAUGGCUGGAUGCUGGCUGGAUGCUUGCCGGGACUCUAGAUCAACUCGCGCCCCGAUGGCGCCUACGAAAACGAGACGAAGGGUGGUGGGGAAAUCGUGGUGGUGGUGGUGGUGCUACCGGUGCUGGUGGGGCUGGCGGUGGUGCGGACGUCCGGCCGGCCUGGGACCUGGUGCUGGGGGU